AUGUCCGUCGACUUCACCGCUAAAGCCGUCGAGCUCUUCAAGAAGGCUGCGGCGCUGGAUGAAAACAAGGAGUACGAGCAGGCGUACCGGUGGUACAUGGAGACAAUUGACGUAUUUCUGACAGCCAUCAAAUAUGAGAACAAGAACCCCACAAAACGUGAGUAUAUGCGGAGUAAGGUGUCCGACAUCAUUGCCCGCGCCGAGAAGAUCAAGGAGUUCCUCGACCGCUCCAAAGACGGAGACGCCAACGCUCAGGGCGGCUCCGGCUCCACCGCACAGAAGACCGCAUCGGCCAGUAAGAAGGCCAAGGAGGAUGACGAGGACAAGCAGCGCAUGCGCAACAACCUCGGUGGUGCCAUUCUCAAGGUGAAACCCAACGUGCACUGGAGCCAGAUUGCCGGCCUCGAGGCGGCCAAGCAGGCCCUGAAGGAGUCCGUCAUUCUGCCAAUGAAGUUUCCCCAGCUCUUCACCGGCAAGCGCAAGCCGUGGCGCGGCAUCUUGCUCUACGGCCCCCCGGGUACGGGUAAGUCUUACCUUGCUAAAGCGGUGGCUACGGAGGCAGACGGCACCUUUCUCAGUGUCAGUAGCUCCGACUUGCUCUCUCGCUGGCUCGGUGACUCGGAGAAACUCGUGCGCAAUCUUUUCGAGCUGGCUCGCGAGGCGUACAAGGCAGAGGGGAAGCCUUCUAUCAUCUUCGUGGAUGAGAUCGACUCUCUCGUCUCGGCGCGCUCCGACAGCGAGAACGAUGCGUCACGGCGUGUCAAGACGGAGUUCCUUGUGCAGAUGCAGAGCGUAGGCUACGAUGACGAAGGUGUGCUCGUUCUGGCUGCCACCAAUAUUCCGUGGUCACUUGAUAGCGCUAUCCGGCGUCGUUUCGAGCGCCGUAUUUACAUUCCGCUGCCGGAAUUCCAGGCACGUGUACAGAUGUUCAAAAUCCACAUAGGCGAUACCCCCAACACACUCGACGACGAGGACUGGCUGGACCUUGGGAGGCGGACAGAUAUGUACUCGGGUAGCGAUAUCGAGAACCUCGUGAGGAACGCUCUGAUGGAGUGCAUCCGAACGCUGCAGGUAGCGACACACUUCAAGCGCGUCGUCGGCCCUGACCCACAUGACCCCACGCACACGGUGAAUAACCGUUUGGUGCCGUGCUCUCCUGGCGAUCCGGACGCGUUCCCGAUGUCGGCGGUGGAGAUUACGGAGCCCGAGUUGCUCAUGCCGAUGCCGGUGACCAAGGAGGACUUCAUCAAGGCACUGCGCACUAGCAAACCCUCCGUGAACGACGAGGAUAUUGAGCGCCACAUCAAGUUCACCGCCGACUUUGGCCAGGAGGGCUAA